UGCUAGGUAUGGCAAUACUCUCGCUAGCGAUCGGUAGCAGUUCUUGAACGUCUCGUCCUCUUGUCCAGCCUGCCGUGCAGUAGCAGCAACUAACUUACUAGUACUGAGUACUAGCGAGGCAGAAUCCAGUACACAGCCAGCUACAAUAGUGUGUGUAGUGUGAACUGCACUCUAUGCGGCUGCUCACCUAUCGCUGGUUGGUGUGUUUUGCUGACUGCUAAGCUCAGCACUAACUACUUGUUUGUCUCAGCGCCGCACAGUGGCAGAGCAAUUGUUUGCUUGUUGGUGAAGCUAUAACAGCCAGCUCCGAGAUUUACAUCGCUAACGCCGCUAUAACGCUAGCACCAGGCCGGAACACGUCUUGAUCAGCCGUUCAGCAACAGCGGGCCAGCAGAUUCAUUGUGCAAUACACUCUCAUUCGCUCGACACGGAUUUCCCGUCGUGGCUGAGAUCACCUUGGUGCUGCCAGUGAACACACACACACGCGCACACACACCAUAGGUGCACUCAAACCUCACCACGACACAAGCACCUCAGCAGGAGACCAUCCGCUGCACCCGCUUCCCAACACCAGACCGAGGACAAGCGAAAGAUUGUGACGGACAUCAUCCUCUGCCCUCGCUCUCGACAUAUCGCCGAGUUGCGGCCACGCAACCAUGUCGGUCCCGGAUAAUGUAAUGGACUUUGCGUUUGAAAAAUACCGACAGAUGACAGAGGACAAACCUGCCAGCACCCGGGGACUCGGCGAACACUUGCUCCUCGGUAUGCUAAAGACAACGCAUGGACGAAACAUUCUUAAGGAGAAGGUAGUUGCCAACAUACAGGCCAACAGUUCUGCAAUGAGUAGCCCGCUGGACUCGGCAUCUCCGGGUUUGAGCAGCGACCGCUCCACAAGCCCCAGCCUACAUGAGGCCAGUAGUGAUGCUGGGUCUGAAACCCACCUACCCAGGGAUGGGCCCAGCCUGUUUGGAAGUGAGCCGCCGCAGACAGCGCUCUCCCUGCCAGCGCGAAGAGGGCAGAGCACUAUCGGCGGACUGCCAUCCAUGACACUGCCCAUUCUGCCCCAGGACCCGGCUGACGGCAUUGGGGGCGGACACCCUCGCUCUUCACCUUGUGCUCAAUUAAUCUUACCGGGCAGCGCGGGCGGAGGAGGACAUCAGCGCUGGGCCAGGAACGUCAUCCACCCGUCGCCGGUCAGCACUGUUGCCUCCCAUAACCAACACUCGCCGAAUCGCGGCAGCCUCCUCACCGCGUCCUCGCCAUCCAAGGUGGCAUCCGUUCCGCCAUUCUCCGGCACCCCCCACGGCGACGGACCACCGCGUUUGUUCGGUGAAUUCCUGGCCGCCAAUGCCCUCCAACCUCUGGCCCAGUCGCCAUCGUUCCCGCAGUUUCUAGUCAGCCCGCAACAACAACAACGACAACAACAACAACAACAACAACAACAACAACAACAACAACAGCAACAACAGCAGCAGCAACUACAACAACAACAACAACAACAACAACAACAACAACCGCAGCAGCAGCAGCAUCUCAUCGGCAUGAUCAACCCGUCCACGGCCACACCGAUGGUCUCGUGCUCUACCACAAGUCAGAGCCUCGGUGUUAGCAGUGUUGCUGGCAGUAUUGGUGGCAUUGAGCCGCCGCGAUCGCUGGCUAUGUCCCUCAACAGUCCUUCGGCCGCUGUUACGCAGAACCUCGGUGCUAACGGAAGAGUGUCGCAAAGUGCUAUUGACACCACACCAGCCGCCGCACUGGGACCCGCUGGCAACUUCGGUCUCUCGCUGAUAGCGUGGGAAGACGAAGAGCGACGCGGCCAGUCAGUUUCCAAGGGGGUUCCAUAUACGUACUCCGCCAAGACCAACACCCUGUAUGUGAAGAAAAUGCUGCCGUGUUACUUCACGUUCGGACUACGCAGCAGAUGUCCCCACAUUGAGGGUUCGUCACUAUGGCUGAGCAUUCGCAUGGAGUUCUCCGAGACCGAUUGGCGUGAGGAGAUGACACCGAUGGCACCAUAUCCAGAACGAUGCCCUCUCCACGUGGAUAUGCUCAAGAAGGACCGCAAGUUCUCCGGCUCUCGUUCCCGUCAUCUGGUGGUGUCGCGGAAUGAGGCGUGCCGCUUCAUCGAGCGCCCGGAUUAUGUUGAGCUGCGUGUCCCAUUCGAGUCGAACGUCCCUCAGCCAGCUGACGGCAUGGUGAUUACUAUGACAGAACACCUCAUGUUCACUUGCUACAACAGUUGUAACUUCGUCAAGCGUCGCCCCACCAAGCUGGCGUGCAGCCUGCUGCAAGCACCAAACAGCGACCCAGACAGCCAGUUUGCCCAGGUUCUCGGCAGAGUGGAGGUGCAGGUACGGGUGUGUGCAUGCCCUGGCCGGGAUCGCCCUCACAUCGAAGAUCCGAAGACAAAGAGCAGCACGCCAACUUCAAAAGCUGACGAGAAAGAGGCCGAUGCAAAGCCAGGCAGUGGCAAGCGUGCUCGCCGAUCAGCAGAAGGCUCUGUAGACGAAGGCAACCACUACACUAUACACAGAUCGGUGCGGAGUGCCCGCAUGUUCCGCCUCGUCAACAACUUCAUCGACCUGCUGGAGCAGGAAGACGACGACGACAUUGCCAUGGCAGCCACUGCCAUCGCCAGCGGCGACCAAUGCUCCAGUCCGGGCCAUUCCAGCGUUAGCUCUCACACCACAGCCACCGCUGCUGCCAACGACGACGCGGGUGGUGAUGCCGAUGAUGCCUCCCCGGCUGGCGAAACCAUGGCAGAUGAGCAGCAAUUCGGCUCAUAAACCGUCACUCUGCAUAUUACGAGUACGAUCUCAUCUGUGUGGCUGGCCGCGUUUGGCUGUGUGCGCAAAACUUGGCAGCGGGAUUAUUUGAUGGUGGCGUACCAGAGGGCAUUGGUGUGGUGUGUGUGUGUGUGUGUGUGUGUGUGUGUGUAUGUGUGUGUGUGUGUGUGUGUGUGUGUGUGUGUCACCACGUGCAUUUGGAAUUCAAAGCAGCCAUAACUAGUGUGUUCACCGUAUGUGCUAGCUCGCAGCUGUCUUCUUCAAAGUGUGCUAUUCACAAAAAGGGUAUGUCCGCUUUCUUUCUUUAUUCAACGUUUGAUUCACCAUUGCACUAUGCUUUCCUGUGUAAAGUGAGUCUGUGUGCGGAGUGAUGAGUGUGUCUGUGUGCGGAGUGAUGAGGGUGCAUGGUGUGCGGAGUGAUGUGUGAAAAACACAAAUUAUCAUAAUGUAACUGAUGCCGCCUGCCUGCCUGGCCUGGUCUUCCCCAGGGCUGACAUUGGCACCAUGAAACACAGCACUGUCUUGAUGAUCACCCGCGCGCGUGCGAGCGCAUAUAUGCUCGUAGAAAUAAUUAUUUCUCUCUGUGCAUGCACUCUUGUCUGCGCGUAUUGAUUUGCACUAUGCCACCGUGCUCAUCUAAACUGUACUCAUUUCACUAACCUAUUGUCUUUCUUGUCAAAUCGACGUUGCAAGCUUCUUCUUUUUUUUUUAAUUUUUAAAAACCUGAUGCAUGUGUGUGCACAAGUUGCAAUGUCUAACAUAGCUGUUCGCUAUCAUCGCUUCUGCGUUGGGCAUGUCUGAGGUCUGAGUGUGUGUGUACGUGUGUGUGUGUGUGUGUGUGCGUGAUUUUUGCAUUUCCCCCACUAUUUUAUGGCAGUUCUCUACAUGUGUUUUCAGGAAUGCUAGCAUGCGAUGCCAUUGUUUCCAUGUCAAUUAUUUCGUUGCCAUCCGCUCUUUCGCGCUUGAAAGUCAAACAUUAUUCCAGCUGGUGAUAUAAUUCCGGUCGUUGCUUCGUAUGCUUUCAGUCGCACACUAG